UGGGCAGCCUUCCUCUGCCUCCUCCUCUUCCUCCUCCUCCCGCUGCUCUGCUCAGCCCCCGAUGUUUCAAGGGGAAAUAAGCUUAAACUGAUGCUUCAAAAACGUGAAGCCCCUGCUGCCAUGAAGCCCGAGGUGUCGAUGAAAGAAAAAGCAGCCAAGGAAUUCCUCAGCAGCCUGCGGCGCAGCAGUAGGAAAAAUAGGAAAAAUGGGUUUAUGCAUCAGAAGCUGCAGCCUGGGGGCAAACACGAGGAGCCCACCCCUGAGAAGGUAAUUGCAAUAGUAAAGGUGCUCAAGCGCAUGUUUGAGCACUUAACAGCGGGCAGAAGGCGUAGGGGGAAGGGGGGUCCCAGCUGGGGCAAUUCCUGCACUCGGGGCCCUGAUCAUCCCACCGAGAAGCUUCAGGCUCGGAAAGCAGGUCUUGUCUUUUUAUUCCGGCAGAAAUUUGAAGACGACAUGUCCUACUGGACCAGCUUAGGGCGUGCCCGUAACGAGUACUACGGUGGAUACUACCAACACCACUACGAUGAGGAUUCGCCAAUUGGACCGCGAAAUCCACACGCCUUCAGGCACGGAGCCGGUGUCAACUACGACGAUUACUAA